AUGAAGUUGACGGUAGACGAGAGCGACUAUGGUCGUAUCACGAGUCUUGGUUCUUACAAAGAUGAAUCUUCGCAAGACCAAAAAAUCUUCCUCCGCCUCCAAAACUUCGCACCGGACAUCGUUCGUCAAUGUAUCGAUGCCCAAUUCCACGACCGUGUCUUGUCUGGGCUUAUAACUGAGGAGAUCGUUGACGAGUCGCAGUCUGCAGCACAAGAACCCUUGUUCGUGAAGGUGCUGGUCAAGUUGACUACCAAAGAGUACGUCGUCGUCACGCCUUCCACGACAGCGAAAGUGGUAUCGGAUUGUUGUUGCGCGAUUUGUCUCCAAGAUAUGUGCGAGUCGGAAAAUCUCUGUCAGUUGCCCGACUGUGCGCAUAUGUUUCACGAGGGCUGUUUCAUCGAAUGGUUGGAUCGAGACAGAGACUCGUGCCCUCUCUGUCGCCAAUCGCAAAACCCAUCGACGAACAAGCCGAGUGAAGCGUUGGAGAAGUUAACGCAGGCUUAA